CCGGACGCUGACGUCAUCGCUUCCUGUCGAUUGGUGAGCGCGCAGGUCUGCGUGUGCGUCUUUGGUGAAAGUGAACAAGGGGUGGUGACGUCAUCGUGUGCGUCUUUGGUGAAGGUGAACAAGGGGUGGUGACGUCAUCGUGUGCGUCUUUGGUGAAGGUGAACAAGGGGUGGUGACGUCAUCGUGUGCGUCUUUGGUGAAAGUGAACAAGGGGUGGUGACGUCAUCGUGUGCGUCUUUGGUGAAGGAGAAGAAGGGGUGGUGACGUCAUCGAGCGGGCGACAUGUUCACCGGAAGACGGCGGUGUUGACUUCACGUGACAAGGAAGAAGACGCUGUUUGACUAAAAGGCUAAAGCUAGCAGCGGUAGGUGGGCCAUGUUGUCUGGGCGGUGACGUCAUUGUGGCCGCAGCAUGGUGCUGAGGGAGAUCCCCGCGGAGCACGUGACCAGACCCCUGGGCAGGAACGAGGUGCUGGGCCUCUUGUUCCGUCUGACCAUAUUUGGCGCCGUCACCUACUUCACCAUCAAGUGGAUGGUGGACGCCAUCGACCCCACCCGCAAGCAGAAGGUGGAGGCUCAGAAACAAGCGGAGAAGUUGAUGCGGCAGAUCGGCGUGAAAGAUGUGAAACUGUCUGAGUACGAGAUGAGCAUCGCCGCCCACCUGGUGGACCCCCUCAGCAUGCAGAUCACAUGGCGGGACAUCGGGGGUCUGGAUGAUGUCAUCACAGAGCUCCAGGAGACCGUCAUCCUGCCCGUCCAGAAGCGUCACCUCUUCCCCUCCUCCAGGCUGCUGCAGCCCCCCAAAGGUGUCCUGCUCCACGGACCGCCCGGCUGCGGCAAGACCCUCAUCGCCAAGGCCACCGCCAAGGAGGCGGGCUUUCGCUUCAUCAACCUGCAGCCCAGCACGCUGACUGACAAGUGGUAUGGAGAGUCUCAGAAACUCUCGGCCGCCGUCUUCUCAUUGGCUGUCAAACUGCAGCCCGCCAUCAUCUUCAUCGACGAGAUAGACUCCUUCCUGAGAAAUCGCUCCAGUUCAGACCACGAAGCCACGGCCAUGAUGAAGGCCCAGUUCAUGAGUCUGUGGGACGGUCUGGACACUGACCACCACUGUCAGGUGAUGGUCAUGGGCGCCACCAACCGUCCGCAGGAUCUAGACUCGGCCAUCUUGAGGAGGAUGCCCACCAGAUUCCACAUCAAACAGCCGGGCGUGCAUCAGCGAGAACACAUCCUCCAACUCAUCCUGGAAAACGAGAGUGUGGACCACCAGGUGCAACUUUCCCAGGUUGCCAAGGAAACAGAGGGAUUCUCAGGAAGUGACCUGAGAGAGAUGUGUCGUGAUGCCGCCCUGCUGUGUGUGCGCGACUUUGUGCACCUUCCUAGUGACAGCCCAUCGGAAGAUUUCAUUCGCCCAAUCGACACGUCGGACUUGCAGCGGGCCAUCGCCAAGAUGAAGAAAUCCAAGAUGGCGGGCGGUCACGGAGCCUUGCUGCACGCCGCUCUGGACUGAGCACAACCUUCACCUCGGCCCGCUGGUUCGAUUCCCUCUGGCUUUUCUGUGCCAAUGUUACUUUUCUUUUUUUUUUUGAGCCCUCAAAUGUCAGCUUGCUCACGAUCUGCAGGCCACGCCCACCUGUCGUUUGGUCAUGUGAUGUGGAAUUCUGAAAGCUUUUAUUUUGACGAGUAAUAAAGCGACUCACGGAAAGAAAUAAUUGGA